GGAUUAGUAAAAGCUAAGAAAUAUGAUUGGAAGGAUUCCAACAUGGCUUUGUUUGGAUCCGACACAGAAAAACAGGUUAAAAAGGAAUCAGCUGAAGGUGAACCAGCAUGGCAAGGCGCAGGACAGGAAGUUGGUCUCAAAAUCUGGAGAGUUGAACAAUUUGAAAUUAAAGACUGGCCUAAAGAAGAGUAUGGCAAAUUCUAUAAUGGUGAUUCAUAUAUUAUCUUGAAUACAUACACUGAUGGAGAAUCAGAUGGUCUUCUCUUUGAUGUUCAUUUCUGGAUUGGUAAAAACAGCUCCCAAGAUGAGUAUGGUACUGCUGCUUAUAAAACAGUGGAAUUAGAUACAUUCUUAGACGAUGCUGCCGUCCAACAUCGUGAAGUUCAAGGACACGAAUCUGAACUCUUCAAAUCCUACUUCGAAGAAAUAGUAACAAUGGAGGGUGGAGCCAAGACUGGUUUCCGUCACGUGACACCUGAAGAAUACAGAACACGUUUGAUGCACUUCAGUGGAACUCGAAGACACAUCACAGUUAGAGAAGUACCACUUAAUCGUGAGAUCAUCAAAUCAUCAGAUUGUUAUAUACUGGAUAAGGGAAUGAAACUCAUCCAGUUCAAUGGAUCAGAAUGCAGCAAGGAUGAGAAAUUCAAGGCUAUGAUGUACCUUAAUAAAGUUAAAUCUGAAAGAGGUGGUGCUGAUUCAGAAACUAUUGAAGAAGCUGAUACACCAAGCGGAGUAAGUUAUGACCCUUUAUUUUAUGAAAGGCAUUUUAAUUUCAAAAUACAUACCGAAACCAUAUGCAGGGUUUAA